CAGGAGCAUGGCGCCGAGGCCGGGCGGAGGUGUUGGCAGUGGAUAACCGGCAGCGCGGUUCUGGAUCGGCCUGUCGCCGCAACGUGUCACGGCAUCACCCGCUCAUCCGACGUCUUACUAUAACCAGGCACUGAAGCUUCUACGUAUUUCCAUCAUACUGGUGCCUUGCUUAGUGCUUAUGAGGAGUCCUAGGAACAAGAGAGCUAAAACGGAUCAUUAUAGUUCUAUGUAUAAAGAGCAACACUACUGAUAGUGCUGCUUUGCUGGGAACCUGGAUUCCAUUGACAAUGUUGGGGGAGAGUGAAUUCCUCAAUUCCCCACCAAGGAAAACUGUUCGAUUUGGUGGAACUGUUUCAGAAACCCUAAAGAAGUAUAAGCAGGGAGAUGCUACAGAUUAUAAUUUGCUGAUGACGCAGCUGGUUGAUCCUGAAAUAAAGGAUGCUCAAAUAAUCAAUUGGCUUCAGGAAUUCCGUGCCUCUGUAGCGCAGUUGACAAAAGAUUUCGAGUACCUCGUUAGCAAAAUACUGAAGCUGCCGUGGUUAUGUCGAAGCCUGUUGGUGGUCGAAGAAUACUUGGCCUUUUUAAGCAACUUAGUGUCAGCACAGACAGUCUACCUAAGGUCUUGCCUCAGUAUGAUCGUCUCCAAUUUUGUACCAGGGAGAAUUGUUAUCCAAGAAAAUGGCGUGGAUAUCUCAGACUCUGAGGAUGAAGAUGAAAAUCUUCCCCGAAAUUUUGACAUCUGCCAUCGAGCUUUGCAGAUGAUAGCAAAAUAUGUUCCCUCAACACCACAGUUUUUGAUGCCGAUACUAGCUGAAAAAUUUCCAUUUGUUAACAAAUCAGCCAGAACCCUGGAAUGUUAUGUGCACAAUUUGCUGAGGAUCACGGUAUAUUUCCCAGUGUUACGCCUGGAGAUUUUGGAACUGGUCAUAGAAAAAUUCCUAAAGCUGGAUGUGAAUGCCUCACGUAAUGAUAUUGAAAAUGCAGAAGAAACUGCCGCUGAUAGUGGGUUGUCCUCAUGUGCAGAGGAAGGCCUCUUUGAUAUGGAUGAAGACGAAAAAACUCAUUUGAUCUUGCCAAAUAGUGAUGUGAUGGCUCAUCCAGUGGCUGAACGAUUGGACAUUCUGAUGUGUGUUCUGCUGGCCUACAUAAAGGACGUUUGCUAUGUCAAUGGUGAGUUGAUGAUGACCAGGACAAAAGACUUGUACCGUGACUUGUUAGUGGUGUUUGAUAAACUGGUCCUACCCACUCACGCUUCUUGUCAUGUUCAGUUUUUCAUGUUCUAUAUCUGCAGUUUCAAGUUGGGACUGGCAGAGGCUUUCCUAGAACAUCUUUGGAAGAUGCUUCAGAAUCCAAAUAAUCCUGCUGUAAUAAGACAAACAGCUGCAAGUUACAUUGGAAGUUUUCUGGCCAGAGCAACGUAUAUCCCUUUGGUCACUGUGAAGGCUUGUUUGGAUCUGCUGGUCCCCUGGUUACACCACUAUAUUGACAGCCAGGAUGCCGGAACAAAAGGUUAUUGUGAUGUGGCUCUCCAUGGGUCAUUCUACUCUGCUUGCCAAGCUGUGUUUUACAUCUUCAUAUUCCAUUGUAAGCAGUUACUGGAUGGAAACCUAAAAAAAGGUUUGACAUAUUUGCAAAAUCUAAAUUUUGAACGUAUAGUAAUGUGCCAGCUGAACCCACUAAAAGUUUGUUUACCUUCUGUUGUCGACUUGUUUGCUGCUAUUACUAGGAAGUAUCAAUUAGUCUUCUGCUACACAAUUAUCGAACGAAACAAUCGACAGCUCAUACCGAUUGUUAGGAGUGUUGUCGGAGGUGACUUGGUGCAGGUUUGCACUAAUCCACUGGAUUGUUUUUUUCCCUUUGAUCCUUACAUUCUUAAAAGAUCUAAGAAAACCUUUGAAAGUAUUUAUCAGGUCUGGGAGGAUUUGAGCCUUCAGGAUAUUCAGGUUCCACAGAAAAUCACAAAGCAGGAUACAGCUGAAGAUGAAGAGGAUGAUUUCUUAAAAGGAGAGUCAUUGCACAGUGAGGCUAUUGGGAUCACGCCAAGUUCUUUUGAGUCCAACGUGCAGAGUCCUAGCAGCAUUGGUUCUCCUGUUACUUUUCCACUACAUCAAUUUUGAACAAUUAUAAAUGAGAUAAAUGUACGAAUUUUCCAGAUGUGGAUUCAAAGAAACAAAAUGGAGGAGUAUCUACAUGAGAGACUGUUUAUAAUGUUCCUGAACAGAAGUUGGCUUUUGUCUAGACUAUUUUUCUUUCAGCUUACUAUGCAACUAUCUCAUUAACUCAUCAAUUGUGUAUAUAUUUUUGUAUAUUUGUGUAUAUAGUAAUUUGUACAUGUUAAUAUUUGCUAUAUUUUAAAACGAUUUGUUAUUGAUUGUUUUUUUUUAAAUUAUCUUUGGUUCAGAACUUGUUUGAUUCCCUAGUUGGGGGUUCAAGUUUAUUUUCUUUCCGGAAUAGGAAAGUCCAGGAAUAUAUACAGAACCAAUGAUGGCAGUUUCCAAAUAGAGGUAGUUAUAUUGCAAACCAUUAAUGUUGUGAAAAUUAACAGAUCAGUAUUGGUAAAUACUGCUCAACUUUGGGAUGAAACUUCACCUGAGCCUAAUAUUCAGAUGCUCUUUGUUCCGCAAUUCUCAAUUUUAAAUUUGAAUCUUUGCAAAAUGCAUUUUGUAAUCCUGUUAGAAUUGUAGUGGGAACUGGAAGUAGAUGAAUAUGUAUUACCGGGUUUAAAAAUUUAAUUUUUAUUUGGCUGACUUUGAAUUAUUGCUUUGUUGAUGAACUCUGCUGAAAAGUUACUAAUGUAUAGUGUUCAAUUUGGGUUACAGUUUGGUGAUGAUGUGAUGGCAGUGAAUGGAGAUAUUGCUCACAUUUCAGAAUAUCCAAGAAUGGCAAAACUUGUUAUUUCUUUGUAUAUAGUAUUUUGAUGCCAGAAUAAUUCUGCCUUUAUGGUUUGCACCACUUUAGUGAAUUGUGUCCUGCACAUUCUGUUGGCAUUUAGACGAGGUAGAUGCCGGUUUUGUAAAAACUAAUCUUCAGUUUUCAAAGAUUCAAAUUAUAGGCAAUCUGAUAAAGUUUUGCAUUCUAUCAGA